AUGGUGAAGAAGUUUGGCAUAGGAGGCAAAACUAGUGUUCAGGCUGACGUCAUAGUACUAGGAUGUACCCUACCAGGCAUCGUAGCGGCACACAAACUAAAGAGGAAGUUCGGGGACUCCAUGGACAUCGUAGUGCUGGACCUCGGCUCCACCUUCAAUUAUCAGUCCAAAUGCAAUGUAGCAUUCACAGAACAGAGCGAUUCAGAUUCAGACACUGAAAACACUAACAACACCAUGUACUAUAACUACACAGCCCGACAACUGCUAGACAACGUAGCCAGGAUUUACCUCCUCCAAUACGCCAAAGAAUUCAAAUUACCCUUACCAAAGUCCAUUAUCAAUCCCGAAGGUCUAAUAAAAUCAGAACUUGACGAAGAUUCAUCUAGUUUAUCAUCAGAACAAGAGGAUAGGAUUCCAUUACAAAAGCUUUUCCAAUAUCCGAACGGUACUACUGUAGAAUUUUUGAACAAUCUUCACGAUUUUGAAUACUUGAGUUUUUUAGAAAAGUUUGAAUUAAAUCAAUAUCAAACGUUUUUGGAUCAAUGUAUGAGUGAGCUGUUUCAGACAAAUAAAGUGAAUCUAGAGAAAGAGAGGAAAGUGUUACAGUACUACGAUCGGACCACGAUGGAGAAAAAUAUUUGCGAGACACUUCUUUUUUCAACUUCAAGAGAAAUAAUGAGAAUUAUCGUAAGACUGGUCUGUGGAGCUCCAGCUAAGAGAGUAUCGCUUCUUUUCUACCUCCACCAGUGUUACAGGACGAGUAGUUCCAAGAACCACCUCGGCGGAUUGAACACGAGGUUCCGAGAAAAAAUAUUAGGCCACUGUAGAAAACGUCUAUCCAGUAAACUUCAAAAGAGUGUAGCUAGCAUUACGAUGCAAACUAAAUCUAUUAAGCAAAUCCGCACUUAUUCCGAACAGGUCAUUCUAGAAACUUUAAAGGGUGAAAUAACUUACACUUGCAAUUUACUAGCGAUGGCUCUACGACCUGAUCAAUUACAUAAUAUUACCGUUGAAGAUCGAUUAAUGUCUGAAAAACAAAUAAAAAUGACCAAGGAUUUGCAACCUGGCUAUGCCAAAAAAUUUAAUAUACUAUACAGGGAGAAUUUUUGGAGUAAACAAGGAUACAGCGGGGACAUAUUUAGUAUGCGUGGUCCAAUCAUUUGGGCGAUGGAAAGGCCAAGAAUGUCAGCUACUGGGAGCUUAGAGAAAUACUCUGGACUAAUUGGUUAUUUGAUGGUGCGAGAAAAUGAUACUGGAUAUGAAUCCAAAGCGGAUGUCGUGGAGCAGCUAGUGAAAUUGUUCGGGGAAGAAGCAGCCGAUCCUGUAAGUUAUAGAGAGACGCUUAUAGCUGAUGUGUAUGUACCUAGUUGUGGGGACUAUACUUCUUUACGCAAGUUGAUGACUGAAGGGAGCCCAAAGUAUUUAGAAUGGGGAGCGCUAGAUGUGUUCGCUGACGGGGAUGUCGCGGCAGCGUUAGAAGCUGGUCACGUAGCGUACUUACACUUGUUAGGGUGCUUGCGACCGCAAGCACAGACGUUUGACGACAUCGUGGUUACUGAUUGGCCGACGUUCCUUAGCGAGAGUCCGCUUACCAGGUGGAAGUCGCAGAUAAAUAUGAUUAAUGGCAUUAAGAUCACCAUGUUCACCGUCGCCGUGGUCGUCGGCAUCAAACUCCUCCGUUCCUUGCUCACUAAAUAA